UUACCCACACGCAGCGUGGAUGUCUCGGGUCUGAACGUUCUGUACAGAACCACGAAAACAGGGUGUCAGCCUGUUAGCUCGCAUGCUAACUUUAUACUUGUGUCUGGGGGAAUGUGAGCUAGCUUAGUUAGCUUCGUGCUGGAGCGUGGGAGCGAGCCCACAGCUGCUAUUGUGUCACGGCAGACACGUCGCCUGUUUCCACUCGAUGCUUCACAGCCCACUCGGUGUGGAUAGUCUCGUUCGCACACGUACAGGUUUUCAGCAGAGACGGUGAAGCUGUGAAGCGGUGAACGUCCCUCCCUCUCAGGACAACAAAGGAGCUCCUCACACACUCGAACCUCAGCAGCGCCGCCGUUAGAACGCUUCCGUCAGACUCAUGACUGUUUGAAGAGACGCGGACCCACCGUGGCCCAUGCUCUGUACCCGUUUCCCUCCCUGUCCUCCUUAUCCCUCAAGCUGACGCAAAACCCCAGACACCUACCUCCCCUCCCCCACCCCCACUCCCACCCCAUCCCCAGCGACUCGCCGCCUCCGCCCAUGCCGCCUGGCACAGAGACCGUGCACUACAUCCACCUGCACAACUCCAGCCAGUCGGUGCUGGAAGCUCUGCGCACGCAGCGGCGCGAGGGCCUCUUCUGUGAUGUGACCGUGCGGAUACAUGAUUCUUCGCUCCGCGCCCACGCCUGCGUCUUGGCAGCCGGCAGCCCCUUCUUUCAGGAUAAGCUGCUGCUGGGUCACUCUGAGAUCUCCGUGCCGCCCCUGGUGCCGGCUGAAACCGUGAAGCAGCUCGUGGAUUUCAUGUACAGCGGCUCUCUGGUGGUGCUGCAGUCUCAGGCCCUCUGCAUCCUCACCGCCGCCAGCAUCCUGCAGAUCAAGACGGUCAUCGACGAGUGCACCCAGAUCAUCUCUCAGAGGAAGGCGGCGGCGGGUGCUGCGGCUGCAGCGGCGGCCGCGGCGGCGAGCGGAGCGAUGCUCGGAGGAGUCCUCCCAAAACAGGAAGAGCGUGGCGGGGGGAAGGGGGCGGAGCGAGGCGGCAGUGGGAGCUGCUCUGUGAGCGCCGCGGGUGGAUAUGCAAACUUCUCUAACUUCAUGGCUGAAUGCGCGGCGAGCAACAUGGGCGGCGGGAUGGGGGCCGCGAGCGUCAACGUCAGCGACGGCCCGAUGGAGCAGGCCAACACCGUGAGCCUGAUGGAGCUGGGAAACAUGGGACCCGGCUCCAUGUGCGGAGGCGACGGACUGGGCCCCGGGACCGGCACAAUCCUCAUGAAGCAGAGCCCCAGCUGCACUCAGGACGUCAGGUACAAGCUCCGAGACCUGUUGGCGCAGACGGCCAACGGAGCCAGCACUAGUAGCACAGGGAACCUCUCGGCGGGCUGCAGCUCCGGGGUGGGCAGCGUGGACAGCAUCGGCAGGGACAGCCUCCGCGGCAACACGUCCGACCUCUCGGACGACCUGGUGGGGAUGGACCGCUACAGCGAGGAGGAGGACCUGGACGGGAGGGAGCGGGGAAGAGACGGAGACAGAGACAGGGGGGCGAGCCACAGCCGCAAGCAGAGGCAGCCGCUCCGACUCCAGGUGCUCGGCGGAGAGGGAGUCGUGGUGAAAGAUGAAGGGGUUCAGGACCCAGAUGGGACCGUCUACGCUUUGGAGGACGGGAGAAGAGCCGGAGUUCAGGAGGGCUCCCAGGAAUCCAUGGCAGGCUUUGGACAGGACUUCUAUGAUGCGCAGGGGGUGUUUUCAGAGAGUUUCUGGCCCCAGAGUGAGCCUCCUCAGGCAAUGGCUUUCAACCCCAGAGGAAGGGUCAACAAGCCUCUGACUCCCCCUCCAACCACGCAGUCCAUCACAACCAAUGUGAACACAAAUAUAAGUGAUAUUCUCCAAAUGUACUCUCUCCGUCCUCAGCUUCUUUUCCAGUAUCCAGUGAGCCAAUCACAGCCAGCUCCCUACUAUGUGGGCGGACCCAUGGUGGGAUUGACAGCAUGCGGGGACGGAACCCAGUCAGCAGGCUCCGCCCCCGCACCGAUGACCCCGGCUCCUCCCGCUCCUCCCUCUGCUGGCCCCUCCCCUUCCUCCCAGGGAUCUGAGACCUCGUUUGACUGCACGCACUGUGGCAAAUCUUUACGUUCCAGGAAGAACUACAGCAAGCACAUGUUCAUCCACUCCGGUCAAAAACCUCAUCAGUGCUCCAUCUGCUGGCGCUCCUUCUCCCUGCGUGACUACCUCCUCAAACACAUGGUGGUGCACACUGGAGUCAGGGCUUUCCAGUGCUCCAUGUGCGGCAAGCGCUUCACCCAGAAAAGCUCGCUCAACGUGCACAUGCGCACCCACCGUGCCGAGCGCACCUUCCAGUGCAACGUGUGCCACCGGGCCUUCACCCACCGCACCUUGCUGGAGCGCCACGCCCUGCAGCACGCCCACCACGCCCCACAGGCUCAGGGCCAAGGCCAGGGGCGUGGGCCCGACAUGACCUCACCUACCAAGCACAGUCCUCCGGCUCUGGGGGGACCCUCAGGUAUGGCUGGCGCUGCUGGCAUGGUUGGCAGCAUGGCCAACAUGCCCAGCCACGGAGCUUCCUCCACCUAGAAUAUGAAAGAAACGGAGAUAUACGGGGAGAGGGGGAGUGUAGUGAGCCCAUUCCUUGAACCGACACUUAUUUGGUCCUAACAGCCUUGUUGAUCUUUAGUUCUGGUGGGAACAGCGCUUAUCAGUUUCCAUUGUUAUUAGCUUCACCUUCAGUCAGGGUUCCUACACAAGACUUAAAGGCUUCUAGAGUUUUAAAAACUACAAAGAUUUUAAAGAUGUUUUUAAAUUGCACAAAAAUCCAGGAGAUGUUUGUAAAACCUUUCGUACCUUUCGGUAAAUCCACCUCGGGAAGUCAGCGUCCGACCGACUGUCGCUUUCCUGUGUUGUUGCCGUGACACUAAUCAUAAACUACAGUCACACCGCCAACAACCACAGAUCUUUACAGAAAGCCUUUAAAUAUCCAGACCUUAUUUUUUAAAGGGGAAAGAAGUCUUAAUGUUGCAGCAGGAAUGUGUAGGAGCCCUGUUCCACUGACACCAGAGAGUCACCAAAGAGGUUAGGA